AUGGCAGCCUAUGGAGCGCUGGUUUCUCUUAUGCAUAUCGUAGAAAACCUCGAGAAACAUCCUUCCCCUCCCAUUUCUAUCCACAAAACACAAGCUCAAUCCCUCACUCAAAAUAUUAACUUCUUGCAAGAAUUUCUUGAUGGUUAUACAUCCCCUGUUGUGGCUGAUGGCCACGAAGCCGAUCCAUUGGAGCGUCGCAUUGCUGAUGCAGUUUAUGCAGCUGAGGAUGUUAUCGAGUCUCAGAUUGUGGUUCAAAUUGACAAGCGAUCCACAAUCGUCGAAGAUCCUGGCUUCUAUCAAGAUCUGCAGAAAGUGAUAGAAGAAAUGGAUCUGAUCAAGAAAGAGGUGGAACAGAUUGCAGCCGAAGAUCAAAAGCCCGUUGCUGCCUUGACGACUUCUUCCACUGUGAAGGAAAACGCGAUGGUGGGAUUUGAACAAGUGUUUCUUGAAGUUUUGGACAAGCUAACUGGAGAUCAACCGAAUCGCCAAAUUAUCCCCAUCGUGGGGAUGGGUGGCAUUGGUAAGACCACUCUCGCCAGAAAUCUCUUCCAAAAUCCACUUGUUAAGGAAUAUUUUGAUAUCCGUACUUGGACCACGAUUUCUCAGACUUAUAAUGUUAGAGAAACACUUAGAGAAGUUCUUUUCCAAGCAAGUGGGGAUUCGAGUAGUGACAAGAGUGAGAACAAAUUAGGAGAAAAGCUAUACAAGUUUUUAUAUGGUAGGAGGUAUCUUGUAAUAAUGGAUGAUAUGUGGAGUGUUGAGGUGUGGGAGAGGAUAAAAGUUUUCUUUCCUGAUAACGGAAAUGGGAGUCGGAUAAUUGUGACAACUAGAUUGUCAAACUUGAGCUUGCAAUUGAAUGAGUCUAAUAGAGUUGGUAUGCCAUUUCUAGAUGAGACUAAUAGUUGGGGAUUGUUUUGUAAGAUUGUGUUUGGGAAAGAAAAUUGUCCUCUUGAGUUGGAGAAUAUUGGAAAGAAUAUUGUAGCAAAUUGUAAAGGGCUUCCUUUAUCAAUUGCUACAAUAGGAGGUCUUUUGGCAAAAUCUGAGGGUGAAAGAGAAUAUUGGGAGCGUUUACAGCAAAAUUUAAAUGCAGUUGUUAUUAACAGUAAUGAUGAAUUUUGUUUGAAAAUAUUGAGGAUGAGCUAUAUCUACCUUCCAAACUAUUUGAAGCCAUGCUUUUUGUAUAUGGGGCUUUUUGAGGAAGAUCGUAGGAUCCAUGUGUCAAUGCUCAAGAAGCUAUGGGUUUCUGAAGGAUUUUUGAAACCAAAGAGUGGGAAAUGUUUGGAAACAAUUGCGCAAGAGUACUUUAAGGAGUUGGUUGAUAGAAAUCUCAUUUUAGUUGAUGAGUUGGGGUCUACCGGAAAUAUUAAGUCUUGCAAGAUUCAUGAUUUGUUGAGAGAUUUAUGUUUAAAAGAAGUUGAGAAAGAAAGGUUUUAUCAGGUCAUAAGAAGAGAUGGUCCUCCGCGCAUGAAUAGCGAACGUAGCGCUGUUUUUAAAACCACAAGGUUGUUAAAGAGUAAUGUAUUGGUGAGUAAUUACGAAAAAACAGAUAACUGGAUUCUCCAAGAUAAUUUGUUUGAACCAGUGAAUUUACGGUUCAUUACCAUUAGAGUUCCUCAUCGGACCGAAUUCCCUUCUUCGAUUGGUCUACUUUGGAAUCUACAUACAUUGAUUAUUAAGUGGGCUCUUUAUCCUGUUGUACCGAUUGAAAUUUGGAAAUUGUACCAUCUUCGACAUCUUGUGUUUCCCGGGAUUCUCCCAAAUCCUCCCAGCAGCGACAAUGACAUUGUUAUCCUGAAGAAUCUGCAAACACUAAAAAAUGUGCGGGAUUUAUGUUUGAAUGAAGAGGUGGUUAAAAGAAUUCCCAAUGUGAAGAAAUUGCGUCUAUCCUACUAUGAUGACCUGGAGGAAGAAAAUUUCCGUAUUCAUUGUUUGCGUAAAUUGGAAAAUUUAUGCUUCCGCACCACAUUCGGACAUGAGGAGUGCUGGGGGUGGAUUAGUUUCCCACACACUCUCAAGAAGUUGUCAGUUCGUGUCUCUAAUAUUCUGGAGUUGGAAGAUAUCAUGUCUGAAUUUGGUUCAUUGCCCCAUCUUGAGAAGUUUGUUUUAGGAGGUGGUUACUUCAAAACAGAAAAGUGGGAAACAAUUGAAGGCCACUUCCCAAGCCUCAAGUUUCUAAAAUUUGAGACGAGUCUAAGGUAUUGGAUUGUGUCGGACCACUCCCACUUUCCACGUCUCGAGAAGCUUUGUCUAAGUUCAAUGCUUUUUCUGGAGGAGAUUCCAUCAGAAGUUGGAGAAAUAGCGACACUCAAAUCAAUUGUUGUUUCAUGUUGCAGUGAAUCGGCGGCAGUGUCGGCUAAAAAGAUAGUAGAGGAACAAGAGUGUUUAUAUGGAGACCAACUAGACCUUCAUGUUCUAGUUAAAGUUGUAACUUAUGAAGCAAAACUUAAGAGCUUGGCAAAUGCCAACUUUGAAGUUGAAGUAGAUGCUCGUUAA